CCGGAAGAAGGAAGAGACUGGGACUUCCGGGCCUGAGUGGUGGGCUGGUGGAGGCGAAGCCUGAGGGGCUCGCCCGCCAUGUGAGCCAGGAGCGCGUCGCCGAGGGCCUUGCCUUUCAGAGAGUCUGCUGAUGAAAUGGAGCCUGGGACCAAUUCUUUCAGAGUGGAGUUCCCCGACUUCUCCAACACCAUCUUGCAGAAGCUCAACCAACAACGCCAACAAGGGCAGCUGUGCGAUGUUUCGAUUGUUGUCCAGGGCCAUCUCUUCAGAGCCCACAAAGCUGUUCUGGCAGCCAGCUCCCCAUACUUUUGUGACCAAGUGCUCCUGAAAAAUAGCCGGCGGAUUGUUCUGCCUGACGUCAUGAACCCCAGAGUGUUUGAGAACAUCCUCCUGUCGACCUACACGGGACGGCUGGUCAUGCCCGCUCCAGAGAUUGUCAGCUACCUCACGGCAGCGAGCUUCCUUCAGAUGUGGCACGUUGUCGACAAAUGCACGGAGGUUUUGGAAGGGAACCCAUCAGUGCUUUGCCAGAAGAUGAACCGUACUAGCGACCAUCAGUCUCCGAGCAGCAGUAACUACAACGGCCUCGUGGAAAGCUUUGAGCAGGCCGACUUUCACAAAGUGCAGGAACUGCGGGAUGGGGAGAACGAGGAGGAAAGUUCCAAGGAUGAGCUCUUAUCUCAACUAACAGAACAUGAGUAUCUUCCGAGCAAUUCUUCAACGGAGCAUGACGGGCUGAGCACAGGCAUGACCAGCCAGGAUGGGGAAGAAGGAGUGAGCGAUAGUGCGGAUUAUCAGUACACGAGGCCACUUUACAGCAAGCCGAGCAUCAUGUCUCACAAGCGGUGGAUCCACGUCAAAACAGAGAGGUUUGUCCAGGACUGUGAAGCUGUGGAAGUGCACGGCGCUUACGACGAACAGCAGGUAUCUGAGUCCGUAAACACUGUCCAGGCUGACCACAGUGUCCAGACCUCCGCUGCCGAAGAUCUCCGCGUCAGCGAGAAAAAGGUGGAAAGGGAGUAUGGUGAGCGAGCCAACGAAGGCAGUUACGACGAGCAAGUGGAUUUCUAUGGCUCCUCCAUGGAAGAGUUUUCUGCGGAGAGGGCUGAUGGGACUUUAAGUCUCCAGAGACAGGAUGUGGCUGGUUAUGGGGAAAGCGUAGACGCGACAUCCGGGAUCAAAGAGGAAAACGCCCUCUCUGGGUUUUCUACAGCUGACAAGCUUUACCCGUGCCAAUGUGGGAAAAGCUUUACGCAUAAGAGCCAGAGGGACCGCCACAUGGGUAUGCACCUCGGGCUCCGGCCGUACGGCUGUGGCGUAUGCGGUAAGAAAUUCAAAAUGAAGCACCACCUCGUCGGGCACAUGAAAAUCCACACGGGCAUCAAGCCUUACGAGUGCAACAUUUGUGGGAAGCGGUUCAUGUGGAGGGACAGUUUCCACCGGCACGUCACGUCUUGUACAAAGUCAUACCAAGCUUGUAAAGUGGAGCAAAAUGCUACUGAGAUGAACUAAAAAAUGGGGAGGGAGGGAUGAGUUCGCAUAUAAAUACUUAGCCAAGUGAGCAGAAUGAAUGCUUUGCACAGGGCAGUGCCUGGUACGUGUUGUUUUCAGUUUCUGGAUGGUACAGAAAUAUAUUGUCGAAGGCUUUCGUGGCCGGAAACACUGGGUUGUUGUGAGUUUUCCGGGCUGUAUGGCCACAUUCCAGAAGCAUUCUCUCCUGACUCUAAGAAUGCUUGCCAUAGAUGCAGGCGAAAUGUCAGGAGAGAAUGCUUCUAGAACAUAGCCAUACAGCCCGGAAAACCACCAAGGUACAGAAAUAAAUUUGGUGGAGAACUUGUAUAUGGAAAACAAAUGUCGUCGAUCUCCAAGAUGUUCUGAGAGGAGGAGUGGUACUUCAGCUUGGUUAUAAUUAUUAUUAUUAUUUAUUGUGUAGCGUUUUAGUAGCAUUUGGGUUUCUCGUCAAGAGAGGGACAUUUCUCCUUUUCCAUUCAUCUCAGUAGCAGUCUGCUCAGUUAUUUCAGCUUGAGCAAACAUGUUAUGUAGAGACAUCCUCCAUUACUUUCUUUAAUUGUGCUGCCCAGCUUAGCAGUACUUGUGUUUUGAAGUCGUAAAACAGAUGCAAAAGCAGUUUACCUGUUUGGAACCAAAGGGUAAUUUAUUUAUUUUUUCAUGUCAGAAGCAACUUGAGAAACUGUAAGUCGCUUCUGGUGUGAGAGAAUUGGCCGUCUGCAAGGACGUUGCCCAGGAGAUGCCCGGAUAUUUUGAUGUUUACCAUCCUGUAGGAGGCUUCUCUCAUGUACGCGUAUGGGGAGCUGGAGCUGACAGACAGGAGCUCACCCUGCUCCCCAGAUUCGAACCGCUUACCUGUCGGUCAGCAGUCCUGACGGCACAAGGGUUUAACCCAUUGUGCCACCAGGAGCUCCUAAAGGGUGAUUAAAUCAGUAAACACAAGUUGCUAGACAAUUUUGAGGUGCCAACAGCUUUAACAGGUGGCUGCUUUUUGAUCAGCCAGGCUUUUGUGUUCAAUUCACUGGCUCUGUUUUGCUUUGGCAGAAUGUCUAUUCUUCAUAAUUAUUUGUAACUUUUUUUAGCACUUGGCUAUAUUGCGAUGGACACUUUAGAGACAGAAUAUAACCUCAUUCCCGCCCCAUACCCCCCGCCUCCCACCCCCAGUUGUGCCUAAGGGAAGAGUUAAGCCCCUUCCACACCACUGAAUAAAAUCCGACAAUAUCUACUUUGAACUGUGAUGUCUGGCAGUAUGGACUCAGAAAACCCAGUUCAGAUCAGAUAUUGUGGCAUUGAAGACUUUCAUGGCUGGAAUCACUGGAUGUUAUGAGUUUUCCGGGCUGUAUAGCCAUGUUCCAGAAGCAUUUCCUCCUGACGUUUUGCCCACAUCUAUGGCAGGCAUCCUCAGAAGUUGUGAGGUGUAUUGGAAACUAGGCAAGUGGGGUUUAUAUAUCUGUGAAAGAACUCUUUGUCUGCUUGAGGGAAGUGGAAAUGCUGCAGUUGGUCAUGUUGAUUAGCAUUGAAAAGCCUGGCUGCUUCCUGCCUGGAGAAUCCUUUGCUGGGAGGUGUUGGCUGGCCCUGAUUGUUUCCUGUCUGGAAUUCCCCUGUUUUUUGAGUGUUGCUCUUUAUUUACAGUCCUGAUUCUAGAGUUUUAAAAAUACUGGUAGCCUGAUUUUGUUCACACCACAGUCAGACAACACGCCAGACAUGAAACAAUAUGGGCCAGGUUUUGUUUGAUUGUUUUGUUUUAUUUGUUUUUUGUCGUGUCAGGAGCAACUUGAGAAACUGCAAGUCACUUCUGGUAUGAGAGAAUUGGCUGUCUGCAAGGACGUUGCCCAGGGGACGCCUGGAUAUUUUGAUGUUUUACCAUCCUUGUGGGAGGCUUCCCUCAUGUCCCCGCACGGGGAGCUGGAGCUGACAGAGGGAGCUCAUCCACACUCUCCACGGAUUCGGACCUGCGACCUGUCAGUCUUCAGUCCUGCCAGCACAGGGGGUUAAUCCACUACACCACCGGGGGCUCCAUGGGCCAGCUAACACCUCCCAACAAAGGAAUCCCCCAGGGAGGAAUCAGCCAGGCUUUGAAGCUGCAAGGCUAAUCAAUUGCAACUUUCACACUUGCCUCAAACAGACAAGAGUUCUUUCUCCCACCCUGGACAUUAUUCCACAUAUAUGCAAACCCCACUUUCCUAGUUUCCAGCAGACGUCACAACCUCUGAGUGUGCCUGCCAUAGAUGUGGGCAAAACGUCAGGAGAGAAUGCUUCUGGAACAUGGCCAGACAGCCCGGAAAACUCACAGCAACCCAGAUAUUGUGGGUUAUUCCGCCUUGAUAUUCUGGGUUAUAUGGCUGUGUGGAAGGGCCCUUAGUCAGAUGAGACUUUUGGCUGCUGCAAUAGAGAGUGUCGUGUUCGCUCUCCAGUAAAUACAAGUAUGCUCUUCACUGGCGCUUAUGGCUCAAAGCAGAUAUUGGUCCAGUUUUAGUUUAGUUGAAGGACUUGCACUUAGAGAAGAGAAUGCGAUCUACUGAUAUCCACUUCAGGGCUCACAAAGGGCCCUAUAUCCCAGGAUCUGAUCCCAGGUUUUCUGUUUAUCCCAGAUUAUCUGGCAGUGUGGACUCAUAUAAUCCAGUUUAAAGCAGAUCCUGGCAUAUAGGGCCUGCAUGGAAGAGCCCAAAGUCAGAUUACGGUACUAACUUCCUAACUUGAGUGAGCUUUGAAUGGCAAUGGAGGCCUAAAGAAGCUAUGGAGGCUACUCAGUGAGUAAAAAUCCUCAUGGCUUGAGCCAGAUAUUCUGAACCAUCUUCAAUCCUGAAGCACCUUCUGGACUCUUUUUUUAAAAAAGGAAGAGGACAAUUUGAAAAAACACUGGAUUAAUUCCUGUAACCCAAAUAGGGAUUAUAGGUUUAUAUGUUAUUUUGAGAGCUACUCUUCUUCCCUGUUCCCCCCACACCCUAUUUUCCUCAUUCUUGCUGCAGUUUGAAUGCACAGAAUGGAGGCAACUUGGAAUGGUCCAAACAUUUGUGCUGCUAUUUGAUAAGAUGGGGGGAAACAGUAUGAACAGAGGUAGGGUAUGAGGUGCGUUCAUGAAAGAUUUCCCCUGACCCACUUCCUGUGUACUGAGAGCAAUGCAACUUUCUCUCCUCGGGACACAAACUUCUCCCAUCUUUUAAGCAACUGUAAACAUCACGCUUGUAGAAGUCAACUGGUUGCUCCAAAAGCCAUGUUGUGACUUCGGAAAUCAGAGUCUCAUCCUCUGAAAAAUGCUUGCCCUUCAAAAAUAACUUCAUUGUUGGAAAGAGGUGGAAGUCCAAUGGUGUUUUUUUUUUUUGUUCGUUUGUUUGUUUUUUUUGUCGUGUCAGGAGUGACUUGAGAAACUGCAAGUCGCUUCUGGUGUGAGAGAAUUGGCCGUCUGCAAGGACGUUGCCCAGGGGACACCUGGAUGAUUUGAUGUUUUUAUCAUCCUUGUGGGAGGCUUCUCUCAUGUCCCCGCAGGAGGAGCUGGAGCUGAUAGAGGAGCUCAGCCGCCUCUCCCCAGAUUCGAACCUGCGACCUGUUGGUCUUCAGUCCUGUCAGCACAGGGGUUUAACUCACUGCGCCACCGGAAGCUCCCCGUCUCAUGGUGUGAGGUUGGGUGAAUAAGGGGAAGCGGUAGGAUUACAAAGCUAGGGGAGCAUGCUUCUUCCAUUUGGGCAACAGGAGAGUUGUGAACUGGUUCGUUUUCUUGCAGAUGAGCAUGCCACAUGUGUGUCUUGGUUUGGAUGGCCUCCCACAAUUUCCACAGCAGUGAAGCAUAGUCUGCCCCAGUGAUCAUGGUCCCCUUGGCUAGGAAAAUAAUAAUAAUAAUACUUUAUUUACACCCCGCCACCAUCUCCCCAAGGGACUCGGAGCGGUUUACAUGAGGCCAAGCCCAACAAUACAUCAAAAACAACAAGUAAUAAUAAAACAACAAGCAAUAAACAAAAUAAACAAUACAAUUAAUAUAACUCACAAGUAGACAAUAACACGCAAGAAUUAAAAACCUAUAGCUAGGAAAUGCAUCAGUACUCCUCCAUGCUGGUCCCAAAAUACUGUGAGCAUGACCUUGGCUGCCGAGAGUUGGGCACGUGCCAUCAAUGCUAAUCAAGGUGGUCAGUUGAAACAUUCACACCUAGCUCCAGCAGACAAGAAUUCUUUGUCCCACCCUGGUCUUUCCACAGAUAUAUAAAACCAUUUUCCUAGUUCUAACAGACCUCACUACAUCUGAAGAUGCUUGCCAUAGAUGCAGGCGAAAUGUCAGGAGAGAAUGCUUCUAAAACAUGGCCAUAUAGCCCGAAAAAACCUACAACAACCCGUUUCCAAGGUUGUUUCCUUCUUCCUAUAUUCACCCAGUUUAAGCAGUCUUUAAGUGACAGGCUGGCACAAGAAGGCUUUGGUUGGUUAGUAAAAGUAGUAGUUCUACUUCAACGUUGUUUGCAGGUUUUAAAUUUUGUUUGAAAACCCAUAUACAAUACAAUACAAAACUUUAUUAUGGUCACUGACCAGCACAGAAAGCCCAUAUAGACAGCUUUUCCAUACUGAUCCUUUUCCCCCAGCCUGGUAAUCUUUGAAAUUACUUGCUUUCAGUAAUUUGGCUUUUCAGGAUCCGUUCCUCAUUCCAUUUUGAUGAGUUCCGAAGUACCCCGGCGUGAUAGCUGUCUGUGACUUGAACCUGAGCAAAACAAGGUAAUUCAUUGAGCAGGGAUCUACUUGCGAACACUGUAACCUGCUCCAUGUUUGGAAGCACUUUGUAUUUAAAAAAACAAAAUAAUAAAGAAAAAAAUUCCUUUAUAAAUGCAUUUUUAAAAGAACUGAGAUAUAUAAAUAUAUAUAUAUUCCUUUUGUUUUGUUUGCUUAUUCAUGUCGCCUGUCUAAAAUGGUUUGUUUUUAUUUUUAAUCUUCAGGAUUUUAUAAUGGGAAGAGGCUUUUGUUGUUGUUGUUGUUUACAUAAGCAUGGGUACUUAUGGGGGAUUUGUAUUGGGAUCCCAAGUCUCUGCUUUGAGUUGUGUGUCUUUAUAAUAAUAAUGAUUUUUUUAAAAAUCCUUACUGCCUUAGAAAAAUGGCCAAAAAGCCAUUUUUUAUUGUUUCACAAAUGACUGUGGGCUCAGAUAGAGCAGGAAUGGGAAAAUUUUGGCCGUCAGGGUGUUUUGGACUUCAACUCCCAUAAUUCCUAACAGCGUCAGGCCCCUUGCUUAAGUGGCUGAAGUGGAAAAAGAAAGGGCCUGAGGCUGUUAGGAGUUAUGGGAGUUGAAGUCCAAAACACCCUGACGGCCAAAAUUUGCCCAUGCCUGGUUAUAGAGGGUCUCUACUUCGUAUUGCCAAUGGAGUAGAAGUUCAGUCUUUGUGUUGUCAAAGUCUUUCAUGGCUGGAAUCACUAGGUUGCUGUGAGUUUUCCAGGCGGUCUGGCCAUGUUCCAGAAGCAUUCUCUCCUGACGUUUCACCCACAUCUAUGGCAGUCAUCCUCAGAGGUUGUGAGGUCUGUUGGAAACAAAGCAAGUGGGGUUUAUAUAUCUGUGGAAUAAUGUCCAGGGUGGGAGAAAGAACUCUUGUCCGUUGGAGGCAAGUGUGAAUGUUCCUAGUUCCAACAGACCUCACUACCUCUGAGGAUGCUUGCCAUAGAUGCAGGCGAAAAAUCAGGAGAAAAUGCCUCUAGAACAUGGCCAUAUAGCACAAAAAAAACCUACAACAACCCAGUGAUUCCGGCCAUGAAAGCCUUCGGCAAUAAAUGUCCACUUCUUCUAAAAUGCUAAUAUGUUUAUUUAAUUUGGAUGGUUUGAAAAAGUCUAGCUGUUGCAGCCUCAAGCGGAAAAAGCUGGGGACCUGAUUGUAUAAUAAGAGUGGUAGCAUCCUCCUCCUUCUAUUUCGCUUGAAGCUUGCCUCUUCCGUCUUACUCAUUAUAUUUCUGGAAUAAAUGUAAAUGUUUCUCUACAAGUGAGGUGAACCUGAAUUCCACUACAAAAGUUUCCCUUUUAUGCAUUGUCACUUAUAUAAUAUUACAAUCCAUAUCCCUGUCGAUCUUCUGUGAGUUGUUUUGCCUAUAUUGCAACGGUUGGAUACUUGGAUAUCUCUCUAAAUACUGCUGUCCUAAUAAUAUACAGCAUGAUUUUAUGUGAUAUUGCUGUUUCAUUGUUUUCUUCUUAUAGAAGAGUCGGUUGCUCUUUUAUAUAACAUGUUUUAAUAAAUGUUAUCUGCCUUUUA